AUGGAGUUCAGUCUGAGUGGAAAUGCACUCAAAACCUUUGCUCGCUCCAUCACCUGCCUCGCUCGCAUCGGAAACGAUCUCGUUUUUCAGUGCUCUCCCUCUCAGUUCUCCCUUCACACCCUCAAUUCGUCAAGGUCAGCCUAUCAGUCCAUAACUUUCAAACCAGAUUUUUUUGAUGUAUAUACAGUAUCUGGGGCCGAGGUGCAAUGUAGCGUGCUUUUGAAGGCCAUCUGUUCGGUUCUGAGAACCCCAAUUGCUAGUAUUGAUCAUUUAAGCGGAUCAGUUCCUGAUUCUGAUGCAUCAAAGUUGCAGUGGACUUUAGACUGUUUCAAUGGAAUGAAAAAAUCUUACUGGAUUACUUGCAACGUUGAACCUGAUAUACAACAUCUAUCACUUGACCGACGAAAGCUUCCCAGCAGCUUUGUAGUAAGGCCUCGUGAUUUCAACAGAUUACUUGCUAAUUUUCAGUCGAGCCUUCAAGAGAUCACUAUCAUUGCAACCCAGUCAUCGGUUGUGCCACCUGAUGCUGUUGAUCAAAUUGGGGGGAAAGCUGUUGAACUUAGAAGCUACAUUGACCCAACCAAAGAAAAUGAUACAUCUCUACACACCCAGCUGUGGAUAGAUCCUGCUGAAGAGUUUGUUCACUAUUCUCACACCCGUGAUCCUGUAGAUAUUACAUUCGGGGUGAAGGAGCUUAAGGCAUUUCUUUCAUACUGUGAGGGCUGUGAAGUUGAUGUACACUUGUAUUUUGAUAAAGCUGGAGAGCCAAUCCUGAUGGCACCGAAAUUUGGCAUGGACAACGGCUCCUCUGGAAAUUUUGAUGCUACACUUGUGCUCGCUACCAUGCUUGUGUCACAACUCAAUGUUGGAAAUUCUUCUGAACCUCAAUUGGCAGCCACGGAUGAGGCGCCAGCUCAGCACGGGACAAAAGGAAACUCUUCGGUGCAUCCAUCUGAUCACACCAGAAUUUGGUCCGAACUCUCAGGGAGUGCUGCCAAAGAUGGUAAUGGUGUCGAUAGGCAAGUGCCGGAGGAAAGACACCGUAAUAACAACGAGCCAAGCACGGUUCAGCGGAUUAGCGCUAUGAAUAUUUCUAAAGAUGUGAAUGCCGAUGUCAUGCCUGAUUGUCGAGACAGUUGCCUUCCCAUGGAAACAGAUAAUGCUGCACAACCUCAAGAUGCAGAUGCAAGUGUACAGGCUGUCUCUCAACGCCAUCCGAGCAACUGGGUAGAUGCUGAUGAGGAUGAUGAUGAAGGUGAUGAAGCAGAUUUGUGCGUGCAGUCAACCCCUCCAUACUCAUAA